AGAGAGAGAGAGAGAGAGAGAGAGAGAGAGAGAGAGAGAGAGAGAGAGAGAGAGAGAGAGAGAGAGGGAAUGGAGUGGGUUGAAACUUUUCAUUUUUGACGGGUUGUGUUGUCUCUUGACGUCUUGUCGUUUCUUCUUCUGGAUUUUUUUUCGGAGGGGGGGCAAUGGCUCUGCAGCUCAUUAACGGAUUUGGGAAGAGAGGAGAAAUCCAGCGGAUGGAACAGAUUUUGGAUGAGAUGGUGUGCGCCGGGUUGACUCCUGAUGUAGUCACAUUUGGUGCAUUGAUCGACUGUUACGGCAAAGCGGGAGACCUGGAGAAGAUGGAAGCCGCAGCUUCUCAGCUGCAGUCUGCUGGGUUGCGUCCUGAUCUCAUGGUUUUCACUUCGAUGAUGGAUGCGUACGGCAAGGCAGGCUUAUUGCAAGAAAUGAUGAUGGUCGUGAAGAGAAUGGAGCGAGCACAGUGCUGGCCAAAUGCGCACACGUGUUCGACGCUCAUCAGCUCACUUGCCAGCAUGGGCUUGUACGACAGAGCUGAGAAAGCUUACCGUGACUGGUUGAAGAAGGGGGCAGGAGUAGCUGACGUGGCACUCUACAACACCCUCGCUGACCUGUACGCUAAGUCGGAGAAUGUGGACAAAAUGGAACGCAUCUUACGUCAAAUGAGAGACAACGGAUGCCGACCAAAUCUGAUUACUUGGAAUACGGUGAUCGAUGGAUACGGCAGGGUGGGCAACCUGGUGAAGAUGGAGUCAUGUCUGGAAACGCUUGAGAAGGAAGGGCUGCAGCCCGAUUGCACGACGUUCACGGCGAUGAUUCACGCUUACGGCCGGCGGAACAUGUUUGGGGAGAUGAAGAAAUGCUGGAACGGAAUGCUUGAGAGCGAUUGCAAAACCUGCAUUCCCGGGUACAGUGCAGUGAUUGACACGUACGGCAAAGCAGGGAGGGUCAGUGAGGCGGAGGCCGUUGUGGAGAAGAUGUCCGCCCUCGGGGUCCCUCCCUCUGUCGUGACAUGGACGUCCCUUAUCGAUGCGUACUGCCGUGCUGGACAGUACGACAAGGUGGGUCCGGCUUUUGAACAGAUGCUUCGCGACGGUUGUCGGGGCAACCUGCUCACGGCGACCUCGUUGAUUGCUGGGCUUUGUGGGUGUGAAGAUCUUGGCGAAGCUCAGCCGUUGAUGCAGUGCCUGAGCAGAUGCCAGGAAGAAGGAAUGUAUGUCCCUCUGAUGCACCUCCUGAUACUCAAGGGCGUCGUAUCGGAGAAAGCGGGCGAGAUUGACAAGAUGUGGAUGGCAGUUGAUCACCUGCUUGCCAGAUUAGGAAAGAGCGAGCCUGUUGAGUGGCUGCAAGCAUUGUUCAGCACGUUGACGGAAGGGCUGUGGACCUUCGGAUGGGCCGGUCGGUCGCAGAGGGUCGUGAAGUUUGCGCUGCGGAGGGGCAUUUAUCCUCAGCUGGGUUGCAGCAAUGGUGAGUGGACGGUCGAUCUUCACUCCAUGUCCGUUGGCGCCGCAGUGCCGACCCUCUUCCUAUGGCUUAACGAGGUCCGCGAAUGGGCCCUCGCAAGUCGUCGCGCACAUCCCGAACUGGAAGCGGACGAGAAGUCCCGACAUGGAAUCGAACAAUUCAUCAUUAUUACAGGUUGGGGCCGGCACAGCUGGAAAGAGGGGGAGUCUAGGAUUCGAACGGCAGUGGAAGCGAAGCUAGAGCAGAUGGGUUCGCCGUUCACUGUGGUCGGCGGCAAUCAUGGGAGGCUGGUUGCCGAGCCGGAGAAGCUCCGCGCAUGGGUGCUUCAGCGGAGGGACGAGCUCGACAAAUGGCUGCAUCUACAGGAUGCAGAGGACGCAGGACCUCCGUGGUAGAGCGCAUUUUCUCCUGUUGACGGGCAUCACAAGGUGAGAGGCGACUUGUGCCUCUUUGGAUAUUCUUUUUGUUUUGGCUUGUUUCCCCUCUGGAUAUUACACUACUUGAAAAAUUGGAAGUCAACUGAAAUGAUCCUGUGACUGAUUCUGUGAGGUGUGAACUUGGUCGACGUCCGUUUGUGGCAGAUUUUCUGUCGGUUCCUGCCACAUUGUCAUUUGUUCUCUUGGUGCCGGUCCAUUGUCAGUUUUGUUGUAGAGCAUCAGCAAACGGCUACAGAUGGAUUUUUCAGUUUUAACCCAAUAACCUGUCCUUAGCGAGCACUUUAAUAGC